UGUUUUCAUUAGAAAUCCGUUGUUAGUGGUUAUUCAUUAUAUUGGUAUGCAUGAAACUUUUGCAUCAGUGAAUUUUAUAAAUUUUUUUACAUUUUAUAGGUGAUUCUCAGAAAGGUGUCUUGUUGAAAACCAUCACAACACCGAAAUCUAUCCUCAACAUCAUUGAUGAAAAAGUGAAAACAACUGCCCCAACAACAGUAUAUCGUGAGAGUAUUGGAUCAUGCGAAGGUAUAACUACAAUUAAAAAUGCGAAACAGAUACAAAAUCGCCGAAAUAAAUAUCUUCAGAAAUUUAAAUUGUCGCAUGAUGAGUUAUUUAGUACAUAUGAAAUUGGUCUUCAAAACAAAACAUUCGUGCAACAACUAACAUUUAUUCCUCAUUUAUUAGUUAUAUGUGCACAUGAUAAAAGCAUUGAAAUAUUCAAUCGUUUAUUAGAAACAACAACGACACCAAUAAUACUAGCUUAUGACACAACUUUCAACUUAACCGAUGGUUAUGUCAGGUUUGUUAUUCGAUUUAUCUUUGAUCUGCAUGACUUGAAAUACGUGAGAAGUCGGGACUCAUCUCUUGAUUCUAGCUCACUCAUUUAUCGGCACACUGCAUUUGUUCAAUCACCAUCAAUAGUGCUUGCUUAUAUGAUUCAUGAGACAAAAGAACAAAGAUCUCACUUGCAAAUGAUUCAAACAUUAAAAUAUUUAUGCCCAAAAAUAGGGAUAAACUGUGUGCUCGUUACCGACAAUGAAAAAGCAUUCAAAAACUGUUUUGCACAAGAAUUCCCAGCAUUGUUGCAAUUCCGAUGUUGGAAUCACAUGAUGAAAAAUAUUUAUCGUCGAGUAAUGAAGACAAAAACAUCCGAAGAAGAAGAAGAUCAAGAAACACAAGUAGUUGAUGAUGACAAUCAACAUGGUAGUCGUUCGUCAGAAACGAAAAAAAUACUUAGCAGCCAUCUAAUUCUAAUCUAUUCUUUUACAGAUGGUAUUCAACAACAAGAACAACCUUUACAAGAAACAAAUGAUCGAGAAGAUGAUGGAAAUGAAGAUUUUAACGAAGAUGAUGAAUUGGAAAUUGGUAAAAAACCUAAAAAGGCACAUUUAUGGUUACAUCACGCAGUUCUAUUUUUAAGAAAUAAACGAUUUUAUUCACACACUU